GACAGCGUCUGAGGCCCGGGAAGAACAUCACGGAGUUUCCGUGAAAAGAAUCCUGCAACACGGUCAAGAUGCCGAACAAAACCAAGAAGGAGAAGGAAACAACCAAAUCAUCUAAAAGCAGCAUGAAGAACAGCAACAGCGGCGGCGGCGGGAAGGACGCCGCGGCCGAUAACUCGGACGAGUCCCAGCAGCAGCAGAGUGGCAGUAAGCGUCCCAGUAACAGCACGCCUCCCCCCACUCAGCUCAAUAAGAUCAAAUAUUCUGGCGGUCCUCAGCUGGUGAAGAAGGAGCGCCGCCAGAGCUCGUCCCGCUUCAGCCUGACCAAGAACAGAGAGCUGCAGAAACUACCUGCGCUCAAAGACGCCCCCCUGAUGGAGCGCGAGGAGCUGUUUGUUCAGAAGCUGCGUCAGUGCUGCGUCCUGUUCGACUUCGUCAGCGACCCGCUCAGCGACCUCAAAUACAAAGAGGUGAAGAGAGCCGGACUCAACGAGAUGGUCGAGUACAUCACACACAACAGUGACGUGGUGACCGAGUCCAUCUACCCCGAGGCCGUCCUCAUGUUUUCAGUGAAUCUGUUCCGGACUCUUCCUCCGUCCUCCAACCCGACCGGAGCCGAGUUCGACCCCGAGGAGGACGAACCCACGCUGGAGGCCGCCUGGCCUCACCUGCAGCUCGUCUACGAGUUCUUCCUUCGUUUCCUGGAGUCUCCAGACUUCCAACCAAACAUCGCCAAAAAAUACAUCGACCAAAAGUUCGUCAUGUCGCUGCUGGAGCUGUUCGACAGCGAGGAUCCCCGAGAGAGAGACUUCCUGAAAACCAUCCUCCACCGGAUCUACGGCAAGUUCCUGGGCCUGCGGGCCUACAUCCGCCGCCAGAUCAACAACAUCUUCUACAGAUUUAUCUACGAGACGGAACAUCACAACGGCAUCGCCGAGCUGCUGGAGAUACUGGGGAGUAUCAUCAAUGGCUUCGCUCUUCCGCUGAAAGAAGAACACAAGAUGUUUCUGAUCAGAGUUCUGCUUCCUCUUCACAAAGUCAAGUCUCUCAGUGUCUACCACCCACAGUUAGCGUACUGUGUGGUUCAGUUCCUGGAGAAAGACAGCAGUCUGACAGAGCCGGUCAUCAUGGGUCUCCUGAAGUUCUGGCCAAAGACUCACAGUCCGAAGGAGGUGAUGUUCCUGAACGAGCUGGAGGAGAUCCUGGAUGUCAUUGAGCCGUCGGAGUUUGUUAAAGUCCAGGAGCCACUUUUCAGGCAGCUCGCCAAGUGUGUGUCCAGCCCGCAUUUCCAGGUGGCAGAGAGAGCUCUGUACUACUGGAACAACGAGUACAUCAUGAGUCUGAUCAGUGACAACGCUGCCAAGAUCCUCCCCAUCAUGUUCCCCGCCCUCUACAAGAACUCCAAGAGCCACUGGAACAAGACGAUCCACGGUCUGAUCUACAACGCUCUGAAGCUCUUCAUGGAGAUGAACCAGAAGCUGUUCGAUGACUGCACGCAGCAGUACAAGGCCGAGAAACAAAAAGAGAAAUACAAGCUGAAGGAGAGAGAGGAGAUCUGGCACAAGAUAGAGGAGCUGGCCAGGCAGAACCCACAGAGCAAUAAGCUCCACCCCCUCCGCCCUGGACUCCACCCACAGGAAGAGUACAUGCUGUACAGUGACAGUACUACUGUGGCCGUGUACUCGAUGGAAACGGAGACUCCGACGGCUGAAGACAUCCAGCUGCUGAAGAAGACCGUGGAGAGCGAGGCCUCACAGGGUCUGAAGGAUCUGAAGAAGGACAAAGUCCUGAUGAGAAGGAAGUCGGAGCUGCCGCAGGACGUCUACACCAUCAAAGCUCUGGAGGCUCACAAGAGAGCCGAGGAGUACCUGACAGCCAAUCAGGAGGCUCUCUGACCGGGGGAGGCGGUCCCCGCGAGCCCGACUCCGCUCCCCUCCCGUCCGUCGCUCCGGACAGGAAGCUGAAGCUGUCGUGGGAGAAGUGGUCUGGGGUCAGAUCAGGAUGGAGCCGAUGCUGCAUUCAACAACAAAACAAAAAAAAUAAACCUCACCUCUGACCCCCGGUGGCCGAUAACAAGUAGGACACUGUGUACGUGGUGUUUCAAAGUGUGUCAGCGGUCAUGUGACGAUGACAUCAUCAGCUUCAUGUUGCACUAACACCUCCAACACCUUCAUCUCCAAACAACCUGCUGCUUUGUUUUCAACCACCGCCGCGUCGCACGCCAGGCGACGAGCUCGCGUGACACGACCCGAAACACAGAAGUUCCCCGAACGCGUCACCGACGGGCCUUUUCCACCACGGGAACCAGACGUGGUCUGUGGUCUCCGGUCCUGCUCUGUUUACACUGCUUCUGUUUCAGACUCCGUCCAAACUAAAACCGCUGCUCGUCUUCAAUGUGGACACUUUUCCAAAGAGGGGGGCAGCGCUAUAAAGUCUGCAUGAAUGUAAUCAUUGCAUAGUGGAGUCCUGAUCGAUGGAUGUGCUCAUUGAUCCCUGAUCGCUGAUUGAUUGAAGGUCUCUUUACGUCUUUAUUUCUUCCUCGCUGAGUGAAAUGACCUGAAAGGUGCUUCAGGCACCCAUGGAGAGGAGAUGGUGCCAUCCCAUAAUUCCUGACAGUAGCAACAUUUAGAGGGGCAGUUUUGUAAAACAGUGAAAACACAAAGCAGAACCAGAACCUGGUUCAGGUUCCGUGAAGUUCCAGGUUUCAGGUCGUUGCGUUCCUGCGGUGGAAAGAGCUUCGACACGUCACGUCUGUCCUGUGACACCUGAACGCAGCACCGAUGAGUUCAAUGACUCGCUCAGUCCUCCGACAGCAGCUUCACUCCACACCUGUGGGCGUGGCUCUGUGGUGGACUCACCUUCAGACUGAUGAUGAUGAUGAUGAUGACGAUGAUGAUCAGGAGACACAGUGAAUGUAGACAUCCAGUCGGCAUCCAGCAGGACCGGACGGAGAGAGCUGAUGACUCAUUUCCUUUUUGGUUUGUUUUAUUUUACUGUUUGUCUGUCGUGACGUCAUCAAGUUUAAACCAAUGAGAGAAGUCGUUUGCAUGAGGAAGCACCGGUUCAGUGUCCAAUGAAAACACUUCAAGAAGAAAACCUGUAAUCCAUCCAUGUGGUCCAGUGCAGCAUCGAGGCGCGGCGUUCUGUAGUUUUUUUUUAUUUAUGAGUCGCGUCUGUGCUGCCUCAUCACUUCCUGCACAUCUUUACGAGACACACGCUUUUAUUGUGAAGCAGCUACAGGAAAUGACCUGCGUCCGGCAGACAUCAGUUGUUUGCUGGUUGGUGACACAGUUUUGGACCUGCAGUUCAGACCCAUCACCACCAGCCGAGUGUCCGUAGAGACCGGACACAUGAUUGGUUUGUCAGAGCCGAAGGGCGAGUUACCGUAGUUAUGGAGUAAGAUGGAGGCUGCGGCGUCGUCAGCACGUCGACAGUGUUUGUGUAAUUACUGUCGGUGCCAGAAGGGGGCGACAGACCGCUGCAGGUUAAAGCGUCUUUGGGAAGAUUUCUGUCUCAGACGGAAUGAGCCGACAGCAAAUGAGGGACGGGAACGCGACCACGCUCGAUCACAUGGUCACUUAAGCUGUGGCUUCUGUUCGGCGGCGCCACCCGGCUGCUUCCUGCGGUCACUGCGCCCUCGGGCCAAAGCUGGGUUGAGUCGGCUGAAGCGUGAAGCAGAGCUGCUGUCUGUUCUGUCCCCCGCAGACUCAGAUUCCCAUGAUCCUCCGCUGCCUCAGUCCUGCUCACGGAGCUGAUCGUGUUUUCAUGAGUUUGUAAGAAAGAGAGAAUGAACAGAAGAAAGAAUGAUGUAUUUCCAGACAUGGAAAGUGUUGAGCGGCUCUUUCUCGGCGUUUCACUAAAUGCAAGAUGAGUUCUUGUCAUUUGUGGACCGUUGAUGUCACAAAUGCAGCUCCAUGAGAAACUGAAGGCAGCUUUAAGUGAAGUUAACUUGUUGGUCGAUAAUGUUUGUUCUUUGGAGACACUGAAAACUGUUGCAUUGCAUUUCUCCAACAGAAACACAGUAAAUGUCAUAAAACAGGAAUAUUUCUGACACAACGCUGCUGUCGGUCAGUCUCGACAGAAAAUAUUUGAUAAAUGUCGUCAAAGUGCUGCUGAAGAGCUCGUUCUGGAUGCAAACACGAUAAAUGUUGUUCAGCAGAGCGGCUUCAGACGUCCUGCGUUCAACAGAGACCAGGUUCCACCAGAGCCACGCAGAGAAGGUUCAGGUGGACUCCGUCUCCACGUGGAUCUGGUUCAGCUCGUCUGAGUUUUAAUGUUCACUUCAUGUUCUGAUGACACUGAAUGUGUCUUCAGAUCCACUUUGACGACAUUUAUUGGACUGAUGCUGUGAGCGACACGAAGAAAUCACCAACUGAUACAAACGUGUGGCAACAAGCUGAUUCAUCAUGAUUAAUAUUCAGAUUCAAUCAGAAAACAUAAAGAAGAUUCUCAAGUGACGUUUAACCAAUCAGAGCUGCUGGACCGAACCUCUGAGCAAUAUUGUUUGAUCAGCUGAGGGGAUCACCUGAGGGGAUCAGCUGCAUGUGGACGAGCGAACAAACAAUCUUCCUUAUAGGAACACUUACAGAAUAAGGAACCGUCUGAGGAGAGAAAUGCUGGACUUUAUUUGCUGGACGUUCUGCCUGCAGUUCUUGUUGUUCUGUGCGUUGCCAUGUGUACUGAUUCACGCCCCCCCCCCCCCCCAGCCAUGCCCCUCACUGUGGUGUUUAGGCCCUUCCUCUUUCUAUUUUGUGUGCUCAUGUUCUCAUCACCUGGUUUUCCUUCAUUGGUUGCACGUGGUCUACUUGCGUUGUGUAAUUCGCUGUCGAUCAAUGAGCAUUCCAGGGGUGGGCUAGCCCCCGCCCACCUCCGUCGCCGCUGGACAAAAUGGCCCCCACAGGACAGAGUUAACCCGACUUUCGGUGGUUAAGUCUUUGCCGUCACUAGUUUUAAUCUGAGAGGAAGAGUUGUAGUCAGGAAGUGAGUAAAGCUUGUUCUGUACACACUCCUGUGUACUCAAUGUGUACUCAAUGUGUACUUAGAGGAUCCUCCAGCAGGGGGCAGAUCAGGUCCCGUUCAUCUCUGGCUGACAGCAAAAUAUCUUUAUUGACAACUUGUGAUUGUAAGAACAGACGCUGGAGCAGCUAACUGUUGUUCAUGUCGACAUCAGGAGACUUUAGGUCUGAACUGAUCCAGGAACUGGCUGAUAUCAGUUCCCUCAGUAUCAGGUGAUCUAUCAGGUGAUCAGUUACAGUAAAUGUACUUCAACAAGGUUUGAGGCCGUUUAGAAACCGCCGCUUCACAGAGCUGCAGGCGUGACCGCGGACUCUUUCAGUUCCUGUUGGCUGACGGAUCCACAGAUUUCAUAAAACUGCUGACGAGGUACUGAUCCAGAACUGAGUCUCAGGAGGUGUUCUGGUGUCUUUCAGAGCCGAAUCAGGUGGACAGAACGCAGGAAGUGUGAACGAUGACUCGAAUAGUCGGACGAUCGUUUCUUUCUGUCCAGUUUCUUGUUUCAGCUCUUUUUUAUUUGACAGCGUUCCGUUUCCUGCUGUUCUGACGACAAACUGAAGGAGAAUCUGAAGCAAACUCCACGAACAUUUCUUAGAUUUUUAGCCUUUGAGGAUUCGGACUCUGGUUUGUCCGCUGCUGUCAGAAAUCAGACGUCUUAACGAAUCUUCACAUUCUGAUUCAUCUAUUUUUAGGACUUUUGCUGAAGUUUGUAAUCUGCAAGGAGCUCAAACUAAACGCUGAAUAGUUUUUAUGUCCAGCGGCGACUCGACGUCGACGCUUCGGUGAAACGUUCAGUGAAAGAAAAACAAACAUGGCUGCCAUCUCUCCACGCCGUCCCGACACUAAAACCUCAACGCUGCUUCCCGUCAUCAUGUACAUAUGUUGUACUUUAAUUAGUUAGAGCAUUACAUAGUAUGGAAAUCUGAUUUUGUACAGAUGUUCAUGUAUGUACAGAACAAAGUAAAAAAGAAUAAAGUGGACUUGUUUGACAUUCAGAGUUUC